UAAAAGUAGAAAAAGCAUCACGGUGGAUCAACGAAGGAGAGAAAGAGAAAGAGAGAGGCUUUCUUCUUCUUCUUCUUCUCCUUCCCUUCUCGAUCUUCUAUUAAUGCAUCUGCGUAUCUAAUUUGAAAGAUUUAACGGCUGGUAAAAAUGAUGGGUAUUGGUCAAAGAAGCUCUUUUCGAUCUGGGAGGGUUACUGGGUAAUGUUGGUACAGUGGCUCAGGUUUUUAAGUUUUGGUGAUCUUCCUCAAGUUUGAUCAAAAUGUGGAGCUUUGCGUCGAAUGUUAUUGGGAGUAUGGGGCUUAAAAAGUCCCCUAAUAAUCCAGCUAGGGACUCUUCGCAAUGCUCAGACGACGAGGUUUCGAAUGUUAGCAGGGAUGAAGAAGGAUUAGAAUGCCCCAUUUGUUGGGAAUCUUUCAACAUUGUCGAGAAUGUUCCUUAUGUGUUAUGGUGUGGUCAUACUCUUUGCCAGAAUUGUGUGUUUGGGCUUCAGUCUGCUGUCUUGAGACUUUCGAGCCAAGAUAUCAGGAUUCCAUUCUUUGUCUCGUGCCCGUGGUGUCAGUUGAUGUCAUUCAGGAUUGUCUACAAUGGCAAUCUGAAGUUCCCUCGGAAAAACUUCUUCCUUCUCUGGAUGGUAGAGAGUCUGAAUGGUGACAGGACAAGUCAAGGUUCCUUGGUCAGCGAUAAUCAGCAAUCUGUUUUGACUCCGAGGUGUAGCAUGUCACUGGGAAACCACAGCAGCAGCAACAAUUCGAUUGCGAGGCCUUUAUUGCGUAACCAGUCUACAGAAAUUUUGCCACAUCAUGACCAUAGUAGCCAACCAAGUAGACAACACUUCUCUUUUCACAAAUCUCUUGAUUUCUUCAUCUCUUUCACUUCCAAGUUUCCAUUUGUGAUAAUCUUUCUUCUGAUCGUAUUCUUUGCUAUACCUGGUAGCCUCAUCAUUCUUGCCCUUUACUUCCUCCUCACAAUACUUUUCGCAGUUCCAGCUGGUCUGGUGCUAUAUUUUGCUUACCCUAUUCUAGAAAGGUUGUUAAAUGAAAUAACAUCAUCAUGAGAAUGGUGCUGAACUCAUAACUCAUAUUAUCGGUUGCUCGGCCCAUUCUCUGUGUUUUUAGUUUGCAUUGGAACCCUUUUUUAGCAAUUGGAGUCUUUGAUGGUCAGAACUCAGAAGAAGCUUUCUUUAUUUGUGGUAGUUUUGCGCCUUUUAUAAGAAUAUUUUAUUGUAAGCUUGAGCAAUGUACUUGUGAUUUUGAACUAUUGGUUCUAAUAUUGUUGUGCUACUGCUAAAGUUUUGGUUUGCCAAUUUGUGCUAUGAUGAAUCA